AUGGAUCUUCUCCACAGCUGGGGCGUCGAGCUAGCGGUCUACCUGCAGACCAGGUACAGCAGGUAUGAGGGUCUGUUUAGCCUGGCGUCCACUGUGGCCGAUCUGCACACCACCUUCUUCUGGUUGUUUCCAAUCUGGUUCCACCUGCGAAGGGACACGGCGCUCAGGCUCAUCUGGGUGGCUGUCAUUGGAGACUGGCUCAACUUGGUUCUGAAAUGGGUUCUUUGUGGGGAGAGACCGUACUGGUGGGUUCAUGAGACCCGGUUUUAUGGAGCAGGUCCAGCCCCUGUCCUGCAGCAGUUCCCCAUCACAUGUGAGACUGGACCAGGAAGCCCAUCAGGCCACGCGAUGGGUGCAGCUGGGGUCUGGUAUGUGAUGAUAACAGCGCUGCUCUCUGUUGCAACAGAGAAGCAAUGCCCCCCUUUGCUAUUCUUGCAGAUAGGCCUGUGGAUGCUGAUGGGCCUGGUAGAGCUGGUGGUCUGUAUGUCCAGGGUCUACAUGGCCGCCCACUUCCCACACCAAGUUAUUGCUGGAGCCAUCACAGGUCUAAUUGUUGCUCAGGUUGUCUCCAAAAAGAAAUGGAUCUAUAAGGCCAGCAUGAACAAAUACUUCUUCAUGACCUUCUUCUUGACCUCCUUCGCUGUCAGCUUCUACCUCCUGCUCAAAGCUCUCAGUGUGGACCUGCUGUGGACCCUGGAGAAAGCCCAGAAGUGGUGUGUGAAGCCUGAGUGGGUCCACCUGGACACCACACCCUUCGCCAGCCUCCUGCGUAACACAGGCAGCCUGUUUGGCCUGGGCCUGGGCCUGCACUCACCUGUCUACAACAGCACCAAGAAGAAGAAUAUAAGUGUCACUUUCAAGGCGGGAUGUAUUAUUAUCUCUUUAUUCUUGCUUCAGCUGUUGGAUGGAUGGACAUUUUCCCCGGAAAACCACAUGACUUUCUAUUUUCUGUCUUUCAUUUGA